AGAGGUCUUGUGCAAGCUUUCUUUGAUGCGUGAGGUUGUUGUUUCCACUGGUGGGGGUGCGGUUGUUCGGCCCAUUAACUGGAGAUAUAUGCACAAGGGCAUUAGUGUCUGGUUAGAUGUGCCUGUGGAUGCCUUAGCUAGGAGAAUUUCAGCAGUUGGAACUCAUUCCCGGCCCCUAUUACAUAAUGAAUCUGGGGACAUUUAUGCCAAGACUCUCAAACGUUUGUCGACACUUCUGGACAAAAGGGAGGAUGCAUAUGCCAAUGCCAAAGCUAGGGUUUGCCUAGAAACUUUUUCAGAUAUUGCUGCAAAAAGCGGUUGCAUUGAUGUUUGCACUAUCACGCCUACGGAGAUUGCCAUUGAGGCACUUGUACAAAUUGGAAACUUGUUGAAAAAAGAAAGUAGAGAAGUGCAUUGAGCUCCAUCAUAUACAUGCAUUUUGGUCAAU